AUGCAUCAGCAGGAAGUGACCUUAGGCCAGACUCGAGGACACAACUGCUCCAUAAUCGGUGAUAUUAGCAGUCAUUCAGCAAGCCGGUUACCGUAUGCCCUUGAUAUAUCAAUCACCAUGCAAUGCAUGUCCCCGUCAAAGCGUCUGCAGGCAUGGGCGCUCAAUCCCGGUACGAUGUUUCCACGAGCCAACAAUCUCCACCCGCAGAGUUAA